AUUUGUCAGAACGUCGAUGGUCGUACAAAAAUUACGUGCCCUGAUUGGCUGCCGCCCCCGCUCGCUCGCCAUCGACGUACUAACUUUUAGCUUUGUUACUGUUAAGGUGACGACGCACUUUUAUUGCGUAACAUAAGAAGCGGAACGAUUAAGGGGACUAUAUCCGUUCCCACAAAUCAACAGUGGAAGAGAAACGGUUCCAGAAAAUCCCGAUAUUUACUCCACCCUUAUUGACGCCUAAAACGCCCCCUCACCCUCAAAAAUCUAGAUCAACCGGUUUAGAUCCCCGGGGGUUAUAUGGAACACACAACAACACCCACGAGAAACUCGACACUCUUCUCGACGCCGAUCGAUCGGCGGUCGCGACGCCGACGCUCUCCUCCCCGGGCACCGUCAAAUGUUCCCGAAACCCGGCCGGGACCGUCAGGGCUGGUCCUGCUCUUUGAUUCCCCGUGUCCUUUAAGCAAAAACCCUUUUAUUAGGGUAACGAGAGUGCGAUUUUAGUGAAUUUUAGCGAUGUUCUGAGUCCGGCUAAGGCGUUUAUUGGCCAUGCCGUGGCCCGGGCCACAACUCCGACAUAUUUUGUUGCUUCUGAUUUUGGCCGUCCUAGGACCGCCCGGUGCUUUAACGGAAACCAAUGUCGGGUGUCUAUUUAGCGAGCGUAUCUGCCGAGAAGACGAAUGGUGUCAUAACGAUUUGGCUUUCGGACAAUGCGUACCGGCCGACGGUUACUACGACGAGGACGGCCUUUACAGGUACAGUCUCUCCGAAGACUCUCUACACGACUUAAGCAAGGAGCUACGGCGUUUGUUCGCCUUGGGGUACCGUUGGGGCCACUCCUACACGCAAUGUCGCCUCCAAGAGAUGCUCUACAGCCUCAAGAACCGCUUGGAUUUCGAUUUGGACGCCUGUUCGGACCUCUCGGACAACGACUUGGAGGGGGCUUUGAGAGCCCUGGAGGGCCAAGAGCAGUUGGACCCCCAACAGGUGGCCAUAAUCAAAUACACCCCGAGCGUGGAUAAUCCCCAUGCAUCUUUUGCCGAUGAGGUUUAUUAUCCACCGGAAACCACAGUGGGCCAGAGGGAGCAGUUGAGGAAACUAUCCGGGAUGGGGCAAGGAGUUGAUUUGCUCGAUAUGCCCGAUCCUAUGGUCGAGUAUGCUGUUAAUAAGAGGAAUUUUAUGCGACCGAUGAGGAGAAGGAGGACUGUUGCUCCGUUUUUUGAUGGAAGGUAUGGUGUGCCUAAGUACAGGAGGGCCCCGAAUCCCCCUGUGGAUUCUAUGGAGUUUUUGCACGAGUAUGAGAACGAUCAGUCGGCUGAUCAGUUUCAAGGGAGCGAUGGGGAGAAUGACUUGCAAAACUUUCGGGAGGAGGAAAUUUAUCCCCUUAUUAAAGCCCUAAACCACUUGAAGGUGCCCCAGCGUGAGGUGGAACAGUAUUUAAGCCCAUCAAACAACAGAAAACUGUCGAAAAUGUUGCAAAACCUCGAAGACUCCCCGCUGAACCCCGAAGAAGACUUACCAGAGUCCAGGAUAUAUUAUGGAGAUGAAGAAGAUGUGAUGGACCACGAGGAAUAUGGUAGUGGGGUGCCGGAGGAGAUAUUCACCGAACGUAAGUUGGAGUUUUUGAGUCCCCGCAACGAGGUUUUCCGGGAGCUGAAGCAGAAACAACAAAAGGAGGACGAGAGUUUCAAUCGUAAGUGGAAACCGAUGCUGUACUCCGAGGGCGGGGCCGAGCCGGAGCAGUUUAACGACUUAGGUGAUGAUGAGGACACGACUCGAGAACGAGAAUUCGCUUUGAGAGACGACCUGAGCAUCUGGGACCGUUACAAUAGUAUGAUGGGCUUCAAACGACCGGAGCGGUUGGACGUGAAGAAACCGGGGCCGCCCUUCGACGCCGCCCUCAAUGCCAAACCCUAUAAAAUCCCGAACAUCGACGGUUUACGACCGUCGAUGAUGAAAAAAGAGCCACGGACGGGGGUGAAUCCGAACCCCGCCGGUCCGAUGGUCAUCGACAAGAACAACGGGCAGUACGUGCACGUGGAGUUCAAGGAGAACUUGGAGAACUGGGGUCAGGGCAAGCAAAUCAUCAAGUUCAUCGCCAAUCUGUUACGUAUCGAGGCGAAGAAUUUCCCUGAGGGAGCGGUGCAUCGGAACUCGGUGUCCUUCCGGGUGGUUCCCAGCAACAGUCACGGGUACAACGCGAGCGAUGUUGCCAAACGGCUUGAGGAGGUCAAGGGGCAGCUGGAGACUGGCAUUGACAGGCAUGUGGUCUCAAUCGGCAUAGGAAAUCAGCUUCAAAUGCAAGACGUGUUCUUCACCACGUCCACGAGCCAAAACAACCAGUUCAUCGUGAUCUCAUUGGUUUGCGGUGUCCUGGUGGCCCUCAUAGUGGCCACCAUCAUCCUCACUUUGGUGAGGAGGCAUCUGAAGUCCAAGGAGAAACUGCAGGGCCUGGCGAAGCCCGAUACCGAGGCCAGCAAGGAUUAUCAGGACCUUUGCAGGGCCAGGAUGGCCGCCAAGGGACAAACCGUCGAGGGAGCACACGAUAAAGGUCGCAUUACGUCCCUAUCCAGAGAAUCCGAACAGAGUCCGUCGAGUAGGUCGAGUACGUCGUCCUGGAGCGAGGAACCCGCUUUGCAUAACAUGGAUAUUUCCACAGGUCAUAUGGUGUUGAGUUACAUGGAGGACCACCUGAAGAACAAAGACCGUCUGGAACAAGAGUGGGUGGCGCUGUGCGCGUACGUCGCGGAACCCUGCGACACCUCCGUCGCCCUGAAGAAGGAGAACCAGGGCCGAAACCGGUACCCGGAGGUGGUGCCUUACGACCACGCCCGCGUUAUCCUCAACGAACUGUCCAACGCUAACGGUUCCGAUUAUAUUAACGCGUCGAGUAUCACCGAUCACGAUCCGCGAAAUCCGGCCUACAUUGCUACCCAAGGACCCUUGCCGCACACCGCCCCCGACUUUUGGCAACUGAUAUGGGAACAGGGGGCGGUCGUUAUCGUCAUGCUUACGAGACUUACCGAGGGCGGUACCGCCAUGUGUCAUCGCUAUUGGCCCGAAGAAGGUUCCGAGGUGUACCACAUCUACGAGGUGCACCUGGUGAGCGAGCACAUCUGGUGCGACGACUACCUGGUGCGCUCCUUCUACUUGAAAAACGUGAAAACGGGCGAGACGAGGACGGUGACCCAGUUUCACUUCUUAUCGUGGCCGGACGGGGGCAUUCCCGGGUCCACUAAAGCUCUGUUGGAGUUCAGGCGAAAAGUGAAUAAAUCUUAUCGAGGCCGGUCCUGUCCGAUCGUGGUGCAUUGCAGCGACGGAGCCGGUCGUACCGGUACUUAUUGUCUGAUCGAUAUGGUGCUCAGCCGGAUGGCGAAGGGCGCGAAGGAGAUCGAUAUCGCCGCCACUCUGGAACAUCUCAGGGAUCAACGGUCCAGGAUGGUGGCCUCCAAACAACAAUUCGAGUUCGUGCUGACCGCAGUGGCGGAGGAGGUGCACGCGAUCCUGAAGGCUCUGCCCCCUCAGCCCUCCCCCGUGGUAACAACCGGCCAGGGGGCAGAAAAAUAAAAAAAAACCAAA